CGCGUUUGACGUGUGACGUCACAGACAUUGCGGCGCUCUCAGAUUGAGAAUGAAAGGAGGUGAUACAGGAGGAAAGGAUGAUGAAUAGGAUGGGCAAAAUAAGAGGAAAUAAGAAGUAAGGUUCAGCGGUUUUAGGAGAUUCGACGCCUGCUGUUGAAGACAUCUGUAACAAUCCCGUUGUAACGUUAGUGAAACAAUCCGACAAUCUAGGUUAUCGGUUCUUUAGAGACAAAAGCAGAAUUGAAGACUGUGCUUUAUGGUUGACGUGACUAACGCCGUCCAUUUGGAGAAAUAAGUUCAUCUGUGGUUCAUCUGCGCGUAUUAUCCGGACGACGAUAAAUUAAUUAACGUUAACGCUACAUGAUUUCCACACGAACUGGAGUUUCCUUACUUAGGGGCAAAGCUGGGCAUGUUGUAGUAUCUCACUGAGAAGUUGCCAAGCUGGACGAGUCCAGUUCUGAGUGCUCAAGAUCAGAUCCUACAGAAGCUGUACACCUUGGACCCAUCCCUGAAGAGCAGUAUGUAGGCGAAGGAACUGAGGAACCAGUGCCUCAAGCGCCACACGCCUGCUACAGGGACGCAGAAACAAUCACAGGUCAGAACGCAUGUGAAUGUGUGUUGUUUCAUAUAAGUGUUGAUUUGCACAUCUCGGUCUCUCUCUGUUGUAGAUGUUUGUAACAGCACAGAGCUCCCUGAGGUGGAGAUUAUCAGUCUGUUGGAGGAGCAGUUGCCAGUCUACAGGCUCAGGGCAGACUGUGUGUACGGCUAUGAGCACGACGACUGGAUCCACACACCUCUCAUCUCGCCAGACACACGCAUAGACCUCACCUCAGAGCAGAUCGAGGAGACACUCAACUACUUUUUACUAUGUGCUGAGCGAGUGGGCCAGAUGACCAAGACCUACAAUGACAUCGACGCUGUCACAAGACUUCUGGAGGAGAAAGAGCGGGAUCUGGAGCUCUCCGCCCGCAUCGGUCAGUCCCUCCUGAAGAAGAACCAUGUUCUGUCAGAGCAGAACGAAUACCUGGAGGAACAAGUGGGCACCAUCAGGGAGGAGGUGGCUCAGCUGCACCAUGAGUUGAAUCUAAAAGACGAGCUCCUGCAGUUCUACACUAAUGCAGCGGAGGAGAGCGAAGAGGGGUCUGGAUCGCCCACGAGUCAGCAGGGAAGGGCAGGAGUUUCUGCUCGUGGUGGUUCCUCUCUGGACAUCCUGCAGCAAAAACUACGAGACCUGGAGGAGGAAAAUCUCUCUCUCAGAUCAGAGGCAAGUCAGCUGAAGUCUGAGACUGAGUCCUAUGAGGAGAAGGAACAGCAGCUGGUGAACGACUGCGUCAGAGAGCUAAGGCAGUCCAGCAUCCAGAUCUCCAGUAUAGCAGAAGAACUGGCCAAAAAAACCGAAGAUGCCUCUCGCCAACAGGAGGAAAUCACCCACCUUCUCUCUCAGAUAGUGGACCUGCAGAAAAAAGCCAAAACCUUUGCUGUCGAGAACGAAGAACUUUCUCAGCACCUUUCAGCAGCUAAAGAUGCUCAAAGACAGCUUACAGUUGAGCUCCAGGAGCUGGAGGAGAAAUACUCCGAGUGCAUUGAAAUGCUCCAUGAGGCUCAGGAGGAGCUCAAGAACCUACGGAACCGCAGUGUGUCCGCAGGAACUCCUCGACGCUAUCACCCUCUGGGAAUUUUCCCCAUGGACUCCCUGGCUGCUGAAAUUGAGGGAACCAUGAGGAAGGAAUUGAGUCUGGAGAAUCCUGACAAUGAAGAACAGAGGGUUCGUCAUAAGCGUGUGUUCGAGACCGUGAAGAACAUCAACCAGUCUGUCAGACAGCGAUCUGCUAAUUCUGCUACCAACAUCCCUGGGUCCAAUCAGACGCUCUCCUCCCUUAGCUCCGCCCUCUCUGACAGCAAUGCAGCGCCUGAUAACCGUACACAGAGCAUGCUCCAGGAGACCGGCCCCUCAGAUGCUGCUGUGGACGCCCCUGAGAAGCGCUCUGGCUCUGAGGAGCUCAAACUCGCUCUGAGGCGACUGUCUCUGCGGCGGCAGAACUGUCUGAGCGAGCGUCUCUUCUUUGAGGGGGAGCGGGAGAGGCGUAACCGAGAGCCAGCGGACAGUGGAGAUUACUCAAACAGGCUGGUGCACAGCGAGAGCAUCAUGUCCCUGGGCGCUUGGGCCAGCCGGCCCUAUCUUCCCGACAAGCUCCAGAUUGUCAAACCUCUGGAAGGCUCGGCUACGCUUCAGCACUGGCAGCAGUUGGCUCAGCCUAAUCUGGGCGGUAUCCUGGAUGCCCGACCUGGUGUGGUCCCGAAAGGCUUCCGUCCCUUGGAGCUGGACCUGGAGGAAGUCUAUCACUAUGCCGAUUAUGAGGAAGAUGAGCCUGGAGAGCAGUAUUUCCAGAACCUUCCCACCACAACCACAUCCAUUUCCAGUGUACCUGCUUCCCAUAGCCUCGCCCCCUCAGCCUCCCCGUCACCAUGUCUCAGCACAGGUCACGCUUCCAUCGAGUUCUCAAUGUAUUUCCCGGGCAAAUGCAUGGCUCACACAAGUUCAACCUACACCUUCACCACCUGCAAAAUCCUCCAUCCAUCUGAUGAGCUCACAAGAGUGACACCCAGUUUAAACCCCGUCCCCACCUCGUCCUGCGUGAUGUCAAGCAGUAUCCGCUCGACCCCUGCCGUCACGCCGUGUACUCCUCGGAGAAUGAGUCUGUCCCAGUCUCAGUCAUUCACCAACCUGCGGGACUCCACCAAAACCUUCAGCACAUCCUUGGGCCUGGUUCGCCUCCUGCAGGAGAGGGGCAUCUCUGCUGCCGUGUACCAGCCUCAGAGCUGGGAUAGAGGAAGCGGAGGAGUCCUCUUCUCCACCUCAGUUCUUCCUCCUCCUCCUCCCGACCCGAACAGACCCACCACUCCGCCAAAUUCCCCCACCCGUUGCACUCCCAGCCCAGGUUCAGCGGUUUCUGAUUCGGACACCUCCAUGCCUUUCUCUUUCAAGAGCCCGUCCUAUGAAAACUUCUUGGCUUCCAAGCCAGCAAGGUCUAUUUUGAAAGAGGUGGCAGGGGUGUCUGGGGCUCAGGCUAAAGACUGUGAGAGCCAAACUGAUGUCAGUAUGUAUAGUCUCAACUUGGUGGAUAAGCUGAAAAGGUUAGGGUUGGCAAGCCCUGGGGCUUCUGGGGCAACGGGGGGAGGGAUUCCAAGGCCAAGCCCACUUAUAGGUCCUCUGGGUGGGCUUCGGAGGGCAGGGUCCCCCUUUAGUCCCCUAAAUGAAGGUAUGAGGAGGAAUCGAAGCUAUCCUGCUAUGGUUGGGGCCAGUAUGGCAAUGAAGGGCCCCGGUCCUCAAGGGGACGAAAUGCUACUGGCUCCUAAACUACCCAAGCAGACAAGUCUUAAAUAAUCAGUUAUGCAUAAUAAUGAAUCACACAAUCAGUGGAUUGUACCUUAUUAUCUUACUAACACAGAAUUCAAGUCAUAACUUAAUAUAUAUAUAUAUAUAUACACUUAAAAAAACACUCUCACAUAAAGUGAUAAUUCACCCCCCCCUCCAAAAGGAAACUUUGAUAUUUACUCACCCUUAUAUCAUUCCAAAUCGGACUUCACGCUCCAUUAUUUGACCUUGUUGACUUUUGUUGCCCUUUUAAGUUAAUCAUACUGAAAAAUGUUGAUUUAAUUUACAUGUUGUUUCAAACCUGUAUUUCUUUUUUUCUGCUGAACACAGAGGAGGAUAUUUUGAAAAAUGUUGGCAGCUAAACAGUUAAAGAAUAUAGACAUUAAAAUUACCUUUGAAAUCACUGGGAACCAGAACUAUUAGGUUAUAAACACUCUUGAAAAUAUCUUCUUUUGUUUUCAGCAGAAGAAUCAAAUGCUUACAGGUUUGGAACAACAUGAAAGUGAGCAAAUGAUGAGAGGAUUUUAAUUUGUAUCUUAAUAAAAACACACAUAUGCAGAUGGUGGUUUAUUUUUAUUCAUGCUGAUCUGUCUGUAUGUUCUCUCCUCACUAACUCCUUGAUUUGCCCUGUACAAUCUAAUGUGACGUAUCCUGUACAGAUGGUGCUGAUCGUAUGUAACCUUUGACCUCACUUUGACUUCCCAGCCAGUGCACAUGCAGGAAGGAAUAAAUCAACAAAAACCAAAUGAACUAGAAACUCUGCAGUCACAUGUAUGGUUCAUUCACUAUGAAUUAGAGCGAAGUUCAGUUAUCACACUUGAUGUGUAUUUUUCGAGCUAAGGGCAUUUCCAGGGUAUAGGAUAAUGUAUCGAUCCGGGAUCAAUGGUGUUCUGUUCCUGCUUUUGGCAUCUAUAAAAUGUAUUUUCCCUGGUUGCCUGCUUGUUUUGAAGGAUGGCAUUUGAGUUGAUGUAUUGAUGCUAGCAGAUAGGAUGUGCAGCACUGGUUUAAUCACCCACCUCGACCAACUCUCUAUUCCUACAUUACUCUGUCUAUAUUUAUCUUUCUGUCUCAGGGCCAUCCUUAGCUGAUGCGGGGCGCGGUGUGAGGUAGGAAGCAGGGUCCCCUCGGUCCCUUCGCUGCGGGGCCCAGUUUUGAACGCACCAGUUCCACUGCUCAAAGGAUGGCCCUGGCCUGUCUAUACCUUUUUUUUUUAAGUAGAUAAAUCUUUAAUAAUGAAGUGACAACUGUAGCUUUUCAUUCGAUGAGUGGGUAAAUGAAUUGAGAGUUAUUGGCUACAUGAAAAGCCUGAUUUCAGAAAGUGCUUGCUGUCUUGCUGGUUUUCUAUAUAAAAAAGCGAGUGCCUGUAUUUCAGUCAUCUGUCAUGUCAGAGUUUUUACUGAACACCUGGAAAACGUUGGAGAGCACUAAUGAGCACUGAGCGAUUUUAUUCUCUUUAUUUAUUCAUUUACCAUGUUUUGUUGUUUCAUGUUAUUUGAAAUGUGCACUUUGACUUUCUAAUGUGCUGUUUAACACCCACCUGUUUCAUAACGUUUUUGAGAUUUAGUUGCUCUCAGGUAAUGGUCGUACAAGGGAAAAGCUUUUAGAUUAGUGACUACGCAAUAAUGUUCGUUUGAAUAAUUUUAUUUUCAAAUAAAAAAAUUUUGCUUCUUGUCUGUCGAUACCCAUAACUGUCACUAGAGGUCAGUGUGUCUUCACUCAUUUGUUUUCCUUCCUUAUUUUGCACAACCUGCUGAUGGAAAUUACAAAUAAAAUUUGGGACUUUCUUGA